GGGAAACCAAACCUGACAACAUUGAGCUCAUAAGCGACGGUAUUCGUUAAUGUAAUCUCAAACAGCCUUUUUAUAUUCUUAUAUUCCACCUGAACUUUUUUGAAACAUAAAGAGCAAAAAUGUCCAACGCAUUGUUAGCCGAAGUUGGCUGGGACGAGGGUUUUUCCAUCCCUGUAGCUAAUGCGGAGAAUAAGGCAUUAGAGGAGGAGCUCAAACGAAAGCAAAAAGAGCGGUUAAUUCUUGAGAACAAGCUGAAUAAAUACAAGGACAUUAUAAAUGCAGUGACUGAACAUCUAAAAAAUCUAAGACAAGAGGUUUCUCAUACUCAGGCAUUGUGCAGAGCCAGAGAGAAAGAGACUGAAUCAGAGGUUCACUUCAGGGCGCUGGCGGAGCGAGAGACAGGCCGUCUGAAGCAGGAGAUCACUCAACUGGAUAAUGAACUGAAAACUUUAAAUGAGAAGAAGAAUGCACACGAGAACAGUAUAUUCAAAGCCACUCAGAAGCUGGAUGAGUUAAAGAAUCAGCUGAACUGGGAUCAGCAGACUUUGGAGGCCUGGCUGCAGGAAUCAGAACACAAGGACGAAGACACUAUGGCCAUCAUCAAAUACGCCAAGCAAGACGAGAGCAGGAUUCGAGAGCUGAUGCUGAAAAUUGAGAAGCUGACACUUGAAGCCAAACAGAAGAGAAAGACCUUAGACACUGAACUUACUGAGACAGUUACUGCACAGAUUGGUUUGGACAAGACAGCCGAGAGCUUUCGUCGGGCCCACAUUGAAAGACAGGAGAUGAUCAGCCAGUGGGAGAACACCAUUGAACAAAUGAAGAAAAGAGACCAGGAGAUGGAGCAAUGUGCCAUGUUGCUGGCAGAGGUGAACCAAGUGAUAAGAGAGAAGAAUGAUUUGAUCAAGGAGAGGAAGGACUUCAUGGAGUGUGAGAAAGAGAACAAUAAAGAGCUGGAGAGGAAGAUAGACUCAGCUGAACGUCAGGUGGUUCGACUCAGACAGCAGCUCCAGGAACAGGAGAGUAAUAGCAGACGUCUGCAGGAUGAGCUUGAAAGUUUGAAGGGAACUUUAAACCGAACAGCCACAGAUGUGGAGACCACAAGAUCUCACUUAACCAGCAUGAAAAAGGACAUUCAAGGCAAAACAGCCAAAAUUGAGGAGGCAAAGCUGCAUAAUGCUGCUCUGAAGGAGAAGCUGCAGCAGGUGACAGAGUCAGCACUGAAUGGUGAAGAGCAGGCAGCACAGAUGGAGCAGAUGCUUAGAGAACAAGAGCAGAACAUCAAAGAGAUCGAUGCUCAGCUUCUCCGGCAGAGAGAGCUCAUGUUCAAGAAGAGUCAGCAAUUGCAAGGGCUUUGCGUUGAGGAGAAGAAUGCAGCAGCUGAGAUCUACGGCACCCGGUCCGCUCUUUCCAACCUUGACAGCAAACUCCGCAAACUGGACCAGAACUCCCUCAAACAGCAGAUGAUCAUCUUCAACCAGGACUUUCAGAUCCAAAUGCUGGAGAGGAAGAUGUCACGCUUGCAGGGGGAAGUGAACAACGACGAGAAAGAGGCUCUGGAGAAGAGGGCCUCGGAUAUGGCUGAGGCUUUGGAGGAGAAGAAGAGGACGGCCACCACCCUCACCACACAGCUGAAGAAACUCCAGGAUGAUAUCCGGUGUAUUAGAAAGGAAACAGAGAAAACUGGUGCAGAGAAGAGAGAUCUGACCUCCAAGAUCCAGGAAAUGCAGCUCUUCAUUGAAACCUCUGAGAAAGAACAGAAAAAACUCAGGCUUAAAAAACAGGACAGUAUGGUGGAGAAAAGCCUGCUGAAAAUGGAGGUGCAGCGUCUGAGAAAUCUGCUGUAUGACAAAGCAGACGGAGUGAUGACUCUGGAGAAGAGACGCUUGCAGCUGCAGGCAGCCAUGAAGGAGCGAGAAGAAGAGAUCCGUUUGCAUAGAGAGAUGCUCAAUAAACAGGUCAAAUUCUCCGAGCAGGAGCGACAGGGACUCAGUGCUGAAGUGCAUGAAAGACUAUCCAAAAUCGACAAGAUGAGGAAGCGGUACGAGAUCUUGACUGAUUCCAUGGCUGCACCGGAGGGAGAGGAGGAUAAAUCACAGGCCUACUUCAUCAUAAAGGCAGCUCAAGAGAAAGAGGAACUCCAGCGUCAGGGGGAUGAAUUGGACUCUAAAAUCCACAAGACAGAGAAAGAGAUUCAAGCUUUGGAGAACACCCUGCAAGUCGUCAAUAAUCGCAAUACAACCUACCGCAAAGCCCUAACCAAAGUGAAAGAGUCAAGUCCUGAGCACCAGGAGAAACUAAAGCUGGAAGAACAGAGACGAGCAGCUGAGGAGAAGUGCAAAUACAAGAAACGGCAAAUCCAAGAACUGCAGGAGGACAUUGAGGGAAUGAACAGCACAUUGGAGGGUCUUCUUCAAGAGCAGACAAUCCAGAACGAGAACACUGAGAGGACUGAAUCACAUGUACUCUCUCUCAAUAAAGAGCUCAUCUCUCAGGAGGAAAAACUGAAUAGAGUUGUCAAACAGUGUUCUAAAUAUACCAGGGAAAUUCGGUCGGCUAAAAACACCAAAGAGAAGACCUUUGAGGAACAUGACAUAGACCUACGAGAACUCCGAGAUGUCAAUAAAAACAUAAAUAAAAUGCUCCUAGAAGCCAUGGAAAAGAAUCCUGACCUGUCAGCUACAUUACAGAUAUAUUUUAUGCAGGCUGGUCUAUCCCUGCCCUCUCCUUCAUCCACGCCAUCUAGUCGUCUGAGCUCAAAAAUCAACUCGGCUCGGAGCUCUGCUUCACUUCAGGAAGUGCUUCAGUUUGCCCAUGCUCUUGCCCCCAGCUGAGUGUAUUACCCCAAUUUCUGUCAUUUAUUCACCCUUGUGUUGUUCUAACCCGUUAUGCUGUUAUUUUUUUCCAUGGAACACAAAAGGAGAAUUUUUGAAGAAUCUUCACACAGCUUUUUUCCAUACAACAUCAGUUCAUGGUGACCACAUCUGUCAAGCUUCAAAAAGGACAAAAGUCCACGCUCAACUUCUGCACUAUAUUCCAAGUCUUCUGAAGUCAUAUGAUAGUUUUGCGAGAGGAACAGACCGAAAUUUAAGUAAUUAUUUACUGAAAAUCUUCCCCACAGCUGCAGCUGUCCGUUUUGGAAUUUGACAGAUAUGGUCACUAUGAAAUGUCAUAAUGGCUUAACAGCAUACAGGUUUGGUACAUCACAAGGGUGAAUAAAUAACAGAAAAUCAUAACUAUUGUCUUGUGUGUCCAACAUCAGAUCCUCACGUCAAUCAGCCAGCAGCAGUCCCAGAAGCCAAUCUGCAUCGUCCCCUCCAGUGAAGAUAGUGGAUCUGGGCUUGGGCCUCUCCGUCACGUCUCCUCCUCUCUCCACUACAUCCCUGCAAGGGUCCCAUCCGCC